AGAGGGUAGCAACAGUUGCCCCGGUGAAGGCAAGGCGCCAUAGUCACGGUAGUCCUGGCGACAAGAACCAAGCAACGGGAGUCAACAAUAACAACCAAAAUCUAAGGGAAAAAAACUUUUAACGACUAAAACGGACAGUACUGGGAUAAACUAGAGCACUAGUGCCUGAAAGUAUUGGUUGCCAUGGCAACUUCUAGAUACUCGGGAGACCUUCAGCCUCAGCAGACCAACACUGUAACUAUAGCAACAUCUGCUGCCACCACACCCUCAUCCGCAAAGACAGCACGCUUCCUGUCUGAGAUUCCACCAACUUCUGGAACCAUUACUACAGCUAACAAAUCAGCCACUGCAUCCAAAACAGGACAGGAUGCACUUUGCUCUCAAGCACCUCCCACCCAGGCCCAGAGCCAGAAGGCAGUGGUUCUGACCACUCCCACGCAGCACUAUGUAACCCCUGAAAUCCAGCACUCUGUGGCCCAGAAGAGUAAUGGUCAGAGAAGCUCGCCACAGUAUAUCAUAGUAACUGUUACAGAUGGUUCUGUUCACUCCAGUGACAGUCUGUCAGACUCCAGCCCACCUGCCCACGGUGUUCCAACUCAGGUGGUCCAGCCAGUCCAGACCACCCCACAGCAGAGGUCAGUGUUGCAAGCGGUGUCGCAGGCAGCCAAGAGGAUUCAGGCAGGCCACACCAACAGUCUACAGUCUGUGCACAUUAACCGUGAGGUGGAGCACGUGUACUCUGGCCAGGUGCAGUAUGUAGAUGGAGCAGGAGAUGCAACGUUCACCACAUCCACCAUUCGAUCGAACAGCUACCCUUUCUCCGACUCGCCCCUCUAUUCCCAGACUCCUCCCACCUCCUCCUCCACCUACUACGAGGCCACACCCAGCUCUGACUCAGACAUCACCAGCUCUGUGACCUCGCAGCCGGUUUCUGUGGCAACAGGAGGAGCCAGCAGUGGGACAGCUGCGGCGGGUGGAGCAGGCUAUGUCAUUCAGGGAGGUUAUGCAUUAGGAGGAGGAGGAGCAGCAGCAGCAGCAGCAACAGGUGGAGGAGGUGGAGGAGGAGGAGGAGGACAAAGUUACACUAGCCCUAACUCUCGUGCUCCACCUGCUACUGUACAGUGGCUCUGUGAUAAUUACGAAGGGGCAGAGGGGGUGAGUUUACCUCGCUGCACCCUCUACUACCACUACCUGCUGCACUGCCAGGAGCAGAAACUAGAACCUGUUAAUGCUGCAUCUUUUGGCAAACUCAUCAGGUCUGUUUUCAUGGGGCUACGUACACGGAGAUUAGGCACGAGAGGGAACUCUAAAUACCACUACUAUGGCCUGAGGAUCAAAUCUGGUUCCCCUCUACUCAGAUUGAUGGAUGAACAGCAGCACAUGGCGAUGAGGCAGCAGCCAUUCUCACAGAAAAACAGGAUAAAGCCAGUUCAGAAGACACAGGGGAUCGCCAAUGGAACACUGGGCGGUGCAGGUCAACAGGCGGCAGCACUCUGUGAUAUUUCAGCGCAGGUGCAACAGUAUCAGCAGUUUCUGGAGGCUUCACGGCCACUGCCAGACGUUGUGGACAUGGAUCUGCAGGACCAGACCCUACCUGAUGGGAUCCUGUUAGAACACCUCAAGGCUUUUCAGACUCUCUACAGAGAACACUGUGAGGCUAUUCUGGACGUGAUGAUCAAUCUUCAGUUCACUCUUGUGGAGACACUGUGGAAAUCCUUCUGGAGGUUCAGCCAGAGUAAUGAGACGGAAUCACUGAACCUGCACAAUGAGUCCGAGAAGCGUCUGCCCAAAUCAUGCCUGGUGGUGCUGUGUAAGUUUGAGCCAGUGCUGCGCUGGACGAGAGAGUGCGACAACGUGCUCUACCAGACCUUGGUGGAGAUUCUCAUCCCUGAUGUACUGAGACCCAUCCCUAGUGCCUUAACUCAGGCCAUCCGUAACUUUGCCAAGAGUCUGGAAAACUGGUUGACAGGCGCCAUGAUGAACAUCCCAGAGGAGAUGGUUCGCAUAAAGGUGGUGUGUGUAGGCUCCUUCUCCCAAACACUGCGUCGCUACACCAGCCUGAACCACCUGGCCCAGGCAGCACGUGCUGUCCUCCAGAACUCAGCCCAGAUCAACCAGAUGCUCUCCGACCUCAACCGGGUUGAUUUCACUAAUGUACAGGAACAGGCGUCCUGGGUGUGUCAGUGUGAAGACCGUGUAGUCCAGAGGCUGGAGCAAGACUUUAAAAUGACUCUGCAGCAGCAAAACUCCCUGGAGCAGUGGGCUACCUGGCUGGAUGGUGUCGUCUCCCAGGUCCUAAAGCCCUAUGAGCAAAACCCUGUGGCCUUACCAAAGGCUGCAAAGGUCUUCCUGCUCAACUGGUCCUUUUAUAGUUCUAUGGUAAUCCGGGACCUGACUCUGCGCAGCGCUGCCAGUUUUGGCUCCUUUCACUUGAUCCGCUUGCUGUAUGAUGAGUAUAUGUACUACCUGAUAGAGCACAGGGUGGCCCAGGCUAAAGGAGAGACACCCAUUGCGGUCAUGGGAGAAUUUGCCAGCGCCAUCAAGAGCCGAAUCUCUCCAGACCCGGAGAAAGAAGAAGAGGAGGAUGAUGAAGAAGAGGAGAGUGAUGAGGAGAGCGGGGAUCUUGUGCUGCAGUCCAGCUCUCUGAGUGCAGUCGAUGAGAAGGAGUCGAUAGAACCGCCCGCCAAGCAGCCCAGGACAAGUUUAAAUCUGCACACACUUACCGCGAGCCACAGCACGCCACCUUAGCUAACCAUCUGUGGACUCAAUAGACAACACUUCAUACACAGUAUUGCUAUGAGUUUAACAUCAUGUCAUCCCAUUCGGUCACCCUGUGUACGCUUCUGGUUUGCCAGUAGAUGAUGUUUGAAGGCAAGUGUGUGGCUGUCUGGUGUGUGUGCAGGCUUCUGGGAGAACAUGUUUGUAUUCUGUGCUUUUGUGCUGCCAUUCUUUGCCAGUUUGCUUUCAUGGGUCAUUUACAGUCCUUCCCUCAUUCCCUGUGCCUUCCCUGUUAAUCUGGUGGCUGACUAGCAGUAGCCACUCCUGUCCAGCUAAAAGUCUACUCUAUACAGUAUGUAAUAUAUUCUUGAUUCCCUCCUGCCCAGCCUUAACCACUGACCUGAUUGCUGUGGAGAGAUGAGAAGACUACAGUGUUCAUUUUCCUCUAAACUCUAAAAUAUCUCUUACAUUGCCUUUAAAGGAAUGACUAUGCAGGAGAGCUGGACUUUAAAACGGCACUGUCAGAAAUGGACUUUUCAUCUAAGAGUAGCACCUGGAAUCAUUGCAGUGUGAAUUUUGUUGAAUUUGACAGCUACUUGUGGAUGCCAUAUUUAAUUUCUUAUUAAUUUGGCCAAUUAACUGAAACAAUGUGCCUUUGAGAGAUUUAUAGCCUGAAAAAGCUUGUAUUCUACAUGUUCUGUAUUGGUGCAUUAAUAAAUGAAGGUCCUGUGA